AUGGCCGCUCCGAAAAACGAAAACCAGCAACCUCAGCAACCUUCACCAUCUCAGAUGCUGCCCUCCAUUGCAUCUCUGACAAACGGUCUACCCAGCUCCAACCAGUACUCGCCUCCAAACCGUCAGCCUUCUCACCUGCCCUCGAGAGACUCGGGGACUUGGCCGCCGAUAAGCCAUCCUCAGAUGAAGCGAAGUGUGGACUACCACCAAUCGUUCGACUCGCGCAGAAGUAGCAUUGACAGCCGUGUUCACAAUGGUAUCUCCAACCUGGGUCUCAACAAUCCCACGUCUCCCUACGAAAGCCAAAAUGGCUCUCAAGUCUCGUUGGCUGCCAGUCUUCGACGACCCAACAACGGAAACCCAAUGUCACCCAUGAGUGGUCGUGGUAGCAUCCGCGGGCAAGGACCAAGAGUUGCGCCUCCAAUCGUUGGUGCCUCCCGAGUUCCCGGUGGUCCUGACCCAAUGGCUUCCAAGCCAACUCCCGGUCAUGCCUGGGCCUUCCCUGACGAUCCGAUAGCUGAAGAAUCAAGACGCGAAUCAAGCAGCGAGGACUCUCAACGUCACAGCAUCUCCAGAACCAACAGCUAUGCCGCAUCUUCCAUCAGAAGCAGCAUCUUCUCUCAGGGCGAAGGUCUCCCUUAUGGCCAGAGAAGAUUUGAUGACGAUGCACCAACCCACCAUCACCACAGCAUGAGCCAACACAGAUUGUCUGCACUUCAGAAUGAGGCCAACAUGUCAGGUGGUGGAAACUACAGCCGUACGCCAGAGUUGCGCAUCAGCCACAAGCUUGCAGAGCGCAAGCGUCGUAGUGAGAUGAAGGAUCUCUUCGAGGAGCUUAACAGAGUCGUGCCAACCAACGGUGGCGCAAAGGCUACCAUUGAAUACAUCAAGACCACUCAGAAUCAAGAAAGGGGACUGAUGAGCGAGUGCAAUCGUCUCCGCGAUGCUUCGGACUACGCUCGCGACGCACAAUCGACAAUCAAAAAUCUCCAAACAGAAAUUGCCGUCAUGCAAGAACGUCUCAGAUUGGUGGAGCCUGGCAACCCACACAUCUACGGUGCAUACACCUCGGAGAUAUCACAAGCUCAUGCCCAAGCUCAGGCCAAUGGACAACCUCGUCAAUUCUCUCUGCCAUCGAUGAACGCUGUGCCUCCACCUCCGCAGCACUACAACGCGUCCGCCGCGGCUGCCCAAGGAAUGCAAGGUGUAGAGUACGGCAACGCUGCCAGACACCAUUAG